UGGUGCUCCUUUUACCUUUCAUCAUUACAUUAAUGGUGAAGCACAGCGAUGCUCGGACUCACUCUCUGAGAUAUUUUCGCCUGGGUGUUUCGGAUUCUGGUCACGGGAUCCCUGAAUUUAUUUCAGUUGGCUAUGUGGACUCUCACCCGAUCACCACAUAUGACAGUGUCACUCGGAAGAAGGAACCUCGGGCCCCGUGGAUGGCGGAGAACCUUGCCUCUGAUCACUGGGAGAGGUACACCCAGCUGCUGCGAGGCUGGCAGCAGACUUUCCAGGUGGAACUGAGGUACCUGCAGAGUCGCUACAAUCACUCAGGGUUUCACACUUACCAGAGAAUGAUUGGCUGUGAAUUGCUGGAGGAUGGCAGCACCACAGGAUUUCUCCAGUAUGCAUAUGACGGGCAGGAUUUCAUGGUCUUCCAUAAAGACACUCUCUCCUGGACAGCUGUGGACAGUGUGGCUCAAAUCACUAAACGUGCAUGGGAGGCCAACCGGCAUGAGUUACAAUAUCAAAAGAAUUGGCUAGAAGCAGAAUGUAUUGCCUGGUUAAAGAGAUUUCUGGAGUAUGGGAAAGAUACCCUACAUAGAACAGAGUCUCCAUUGGUCAGAGUAAAUCGCAAAGAAACUUUCCCAGGGAUUACAACUCUCUUCUGCAGAGCUUAUGGUUUUUAUCCCCCAGAGAUUUCCAUGACCUGGAUGAAAAAUGGGGAAGAAAUUAUCCAAGAAAUUGAUUAUGGAGACAUUCUUCCCAAUGGGGAUGGAACCUAUCAGACGUGGAUAUCAGUUGAGAUGGAUUCUCAGAGCAGCAAGGUUUAUUCCUGUCACGUGGAGCAUGGUGACCUACGCAUGGUUCUUCAGGUCCCUGAAGAAUCAGAAACUAUUGUACUGGUGAUGAAAGCCAUCGCUGGGUCCAUAGUACUUGCCAUUGUGUUUGCUGGAGCUGGGAUCUUAGUCUGGAGAAGAAGACCCCAAGAGCAAAUUGGAAUCAUCUACGUUCCUACACCAAACCAGUGAUGGCAGAGACCUCCUUUCC